UACCUAAUUCAAUCAGCCAGCCUCCCAGCAUCCCUCUAUCGGGCUUUCCGCUUCUCGCCUAUAUUCUGCAGAUUAUUGCUUUCUAAAUUUGUAUACAGAUGUGAAAAAAAGAAUAUUAUUGAAGUGAGCGAAGUUUCAUCUCCGUGUGAAGAGUACCUUGCAGUCAGCUGUGACUGGACUGUGACGUCUGUGACCAACUGUGGCUGUAGCUGUGCACAAGUAUUUAAUUGGCAUCAUGGCUGAUGGUCAACGUUAGCCAACGCAAGCACAUGUAGUACUUGUAGUAUACGUAGGUUAAAUUGCUUCUUAAUAUUGACAAGUGUUUAUACAUUACAAAAGAAGAUAUUGCUAGAAACAUCGAUAACUUUUAUAUAAAAAUAUUAAGAUGACUAAAAAAAAAAGAGAAUUCGAGCAGAGUAAAGAAGAACGUAUGGUCAUGACAAUAGGAGAAAUUAUACAAGAUCUGCUGAAAGCACAUAAUGAAAACAGAGAUGUUGAUUUGAAUAAGCUGAAAACACGAAUCUCUUCUAAAUAUGGGUUAGAAACUUCACCAAGAUUGGUUGAUAUUAUAGCAGCUGUGCCUGUCGAGGCUAGAAAUAUAUUGAUACCAAAAUUAAAAGCGAAACCCAUUAGGACAGCCAGUGGUAUAGCUGUUGUUGCAGUAAUGUGCAAACCUCACAGGUGUCCUCAUAUCAAUAUGACAGGAAAUAUCUGUGUAUAUUGUCCUGGUGGACCUGACUCUGAUUUCGAGUAUUCGACACAAUCUUACACCGGUUACGAGCCCACAUCUAUGAGGGCCAUUCGAGCUAGAUAUAAUCCAUUCUUACAAACAAGACAUCGUGUGGAACAGUUGAAACAAUUAGGACAUAAUGUGGACAAAAUUGAAUUUAUUGUUAUGGGAGGCACAUUCAUGUCUCUGCCGGAAGAUUACAGAGACUAUUUCAUUCGAAACUUACACGACGCUCUGUCUGGCCAUGUGAGUAGUAACGUCGACGAGGCAGUAAAAUACUCCGAACGAAGUCGCACGAAAUGUAUCGGAAUUACUAUUGAGACACGACCCGACUAUUGCCUUAAGAAACAUUUGUCUGACAUGCUGCGUUACGGGUGUACUCGAUUAGAAAUUGGAGUGCAGUCUGUUUACGAAGAUGUAGCGCGAGAUACUAACAGGGGACACACUGUCCGCGCAGUUUGCGAGAGUUUUCAAUUGUCGAAAGAUACUGGCUUUAAAGUGAUAGCGCACAUGAUGCCGGAUUUACCAAACGUGGAUAUCGAAAGAGAUGUUAAUCAGUUCAUUGAAUUCUUUGAAAAUCCUGCUUUUAGGGCAGACGGUUUGAAAAUUUAUCCAACUCUAGUUAUACGCGGUACAGGCCUCUAUGAGUUAUGGAAAACAGGAAGGUAUACGAGUUAUCAACCGAGCGUUUUGGUGGACCUUAUAGCUCGUAUCUUGGCUCUUAUACCACCUUGGACUCGUGUAUAUCGUGUACAAAGAGAUAUACCUAUGCCUUUAGUUAGUUCGGGAGUGGAACGCGGAAAUCUUCGUGAACUGGCAUUGGCAAGAAUGAAGGAUUUGAGAAUCGAUUGCCGCGAUGUUCGAACGCGAGAAGUAGGCAUCCAAGAAAUUCAUCAUAAAGUAAAGCCGUAUGAAGUAGAACUUGUACGUCGCGAUUACGUUGCCAAUGGUGGAUGGGAAACAUUCUUAGCCUAUGAAGAUCCUAUGCAAGAUAUCUUAGUCGGUUUAUUAAGGCUGAGGAAAUGCUCUAGUGAAACGUUUAGGUCAGAACUUAAAGACAAAUGCUCCAUAGUAAGAGAACUUCAUGUUUACGGGAGUGUCGUUCCUGUAAAUGCUCGUGAUCCCACAAAGUUUCAACACCAAGGUUUUGGAAUGUUACUAAUGGAGGAAGCAGAAAGGAUAGCGAGAGAAGAGCAUGGUUCUCAUAAGAUUUCUGUCAUAUCAGGAGUUGGAACGAGGAAUUACUACAGAAAGAUGGGAUAUGAACUCGACGGUCCUUACAUGUCAAAAAUGCUUGUAACUUGUAAAUAAAUAAAGAAGACAAAUAUACCUA